AUGCUGAUCAUCUUAACUGAAACACAAAAGGCUGAAAAAAAAGUCAACGGCUUGAUGCUCUAUUGUGGCAUUUACUCAAGUCGACAUCGUUCUGCUCUACAAACUAAUUACAAAGUUACUAAAAUAUCAGAUAAUACUUGGUCGGUUGCAUCUAAUUCAUUAGAAUUAGAUUAUUUAAUUAAACAAAAUGAACCAUGCUCAUGCAAGCAUAUGCAUGCCAUUAGAAUGAAUUCGAUGGAAUAUAAUGAAAAUGAAAGGAUGGAUGUAAUAUGCAAUCCCAUAGAAAACGAUGAAGUGUGUAUGAAAAUGCCUUCUGCACAACAGCUCACUUUAACAUCCACUGAGUCCAUUGCUAAUAAAAUUCAGCAAUUAUAUAGUAUGUUUGUGUCACAAGCUGGUACACUUGAUGAUGAACAACUAAAAAAAAUAAAUACAACAGUCGAUUCAAGUUUAAAAGUUUUAUAUCAACAAGAAGGCAACUCCAUAACAGAUGUACCGAAUCGAGAACCAUCUAACAAAAAUGUAGACAAACAGCUAAGGUUUUAUUCUACAAAAAAACCAAGGACAAAAGCACCAGAGGAACAAAGACUAAAUAAGCCAACAAUCCAAGUAAUAAACCAAAUAAAAAAUGAUCUUAAAGGCAACGAUACCCCAUACAUUAAUAUUGACCCACAUUUUGAACAUUCAUAUGGACAGUUAGAUCAGAAGAAGAAAUGA